CUUUCAAGCUGUCAAAAUCUAACAGCCAGAAGUAUUCUCUUUAUCAUUGCAUUUACCAAGCUGCAGUACGUGUGGAAUGUUCCUCUAUGAAGAGAUCGACAGGCGAACAAUCUAGACAUUAGACUAAUUUGCGGUCAGUUGCUCAAUAUAACUAAAAAAACAACGCGGAGGAAAUUAGUAUCGUUUGAAUAAUCACAUGCUCUUUUUUAUGAAGUACACCACGUCACAAAGUGUUUGCUCUCACUUGUGUGUGAAGCGCCAGAUUUUCAAAGAAUGCUGUGCGGAGUGGCAAGCAUGAAGGAGACCAGGUAUAAAAACACGCUGUGGCAGAACAGUACUGCGGAUAGCGACGGGAUGUACAAAACGUGGGAAGUAAGUGGGACACACGACCAAGAACGACACAACGGAUGGAAUCAAGUGAAGAUCAGGCAUUCUAUCUCCCUUGGAGAUGUUCGAAUGGAGGGUUUUCCGACCGCAAGAAGAGUCGAAGGGAUUGAAAACCCAGAUCGGUUCUACAACAGCGAGAGAAGAGAACUGUCGAGGAACAGCGCAACAAAUAGGGAAGUGAAAACGGAUACGCAGGCAGUGGUGCGACCCCAAUUUCAAAUUACUAACGAGCAGCCGACCCGACGUGUCACUCCCGCUUCUAAUGUAACGUUUCUAUCACAAUGGUCAAAGCCUCGCAAUGGAAGACGCGCCUCGGACGGUUUUCUUAGAUUCUCUGAGAAAACAAGCGCUCCAAUAUUUAGCGCUGUCUCGGAAGAACACUGCGCGGAUGACGACAGCACGAAGGCCAAUUCAGUUACCGCAAAUAAUUCCAUCAGCAGGGCCUCCUCUCUGAAUCGUCGCCGGUUUUCUGAUGGUUACUUUCACAGCGUCGCAGGGUAUUCAGGUUUCAAGAAGGUUAACAUUGUGUUGCCGAGGCCGCGAAAUAGUACGAAUGAAGAAUCUGGAGGGUGUGAUGUUGACAAAGGAUGUCAUAGCGAUGUAAAGGAUACAGAAAGUGCUGAUUGUAGCAGAAACGAAGACGACGACCAGUGGAAGAAAUUGGUUGCACAAGCGCAAGGUUUUAAAGGACCUAAAGUCAACGGAGUCAGCAAAGUAAGACCAGGAUUACAGGUGGAGGAUUUUAAAGGAAACGUUGAUCGCUCUAUGGAGGACGUGUUUAGCGACAUAAGCAGUGAGGCAUCUUUUUCAUCGAACAGUUCGUAUCACUCUUCGUCUGACAGCGAUAGUACCGUCGAUGGCACGUUGAUAGCUAAGCCGAUAUCCGGCGAUUUGGCUCCUUUCAAGGACGACAGCCACACAAGUUUGAACACCGCAAGGCCUAUCCGACGAUUUUCCUCGGUGCAAUCGUUGGAUUCGUACCCCGCAAGUGGAAACCAUCCCGCGCGUAGAUAUUCAGUCGCUACUUUAAAUCCAGCACGCUCGUUUAAUGAUUCUGCCGCUACAGCUAAACUGUCCGGUUACAGCACGCAGAGUGCACUGGAACAAGCUCGACAGCUCCUCAGCAGGCUGCAGCAAGAGGGAAAGUAUAAAAGUAAGAAAGAAAGGCUGGACGAAUUAAGUAGAGCGCUAAAGUGGAUCCUUGAGGAACUUAAGCGUAUAAAAACACCAGACAGGGACCUCGUCAGUUUAUUUAUCAGUUUACGAGCGAAAAUAGUGAACUUGAAAAGUGAACUGAAGGCGGAAGAAUUUGAUGCCACCUGCAUUGACCGCAAUGAAGUGGACAGCACCCCGCGAGUCCAACCACUUCUGCUAACUGAGGACAGGUUGACACACUCUCACUCGAGACGAUUCAGCUGGUGUUGAAAGGAAAAUAUUUUUUAUUGUCGACAUGCACGACAGCAAGAUGUGGUCGACCAGACUUUAUCACGUGGAAUACUUCUUUGAUGUCGGAAAAUUUUUCACACCUGUCGCCAAGAGUUAAGUCUGAAAAGAAAAGGAAACAAACAUAAACACAAAUAAACAAAAAUAAAGACAAAACGACAUGAAAAAACUUAUUGAAAGAGGAAGACGACGAGGUCUAAAGGUUGUUCGUUUUGAGAAGAAAGCGUUGUAGCCUUCAAGUAAAACAAAGAAGUAUUUUACAGAAAAAUAGGUGAGAUAAGUUUAUGAAGCAAGUUUGUUCUAUAUUUUACAUUAGGCCAAAAUCCCUCGAAAAUUACGAGAGAAAAUGACAAUAAGAUCCUUGGAUCUUCUUACCUGGCUGUUAAAUAAGCCGGGCUGUUAAAUAAGCCGGGCUGUUAAAUAAGCCGGGCUGUUAAAUAAGCCGGGCUGUUAAAUAAGCCGAGCUGUUAAAUAAGCCGGGCUGUUAAAUAAGCCGGGCUGUUUCAGGCUCUCGAUCAUAGGAGACGAAGGAAAGAGCGGACGAGCGAAAAUCAACGAGGAUUUUGGUAGAAGUGAGUCUUUGGCCCCCUUUUCGCUCGCUGUUCAUUUUUUUUAAAGUAUCUUUGCGAUAUGAGAAUGUAGAGAGAGGUUACAGUUAAAAAGCUGGUCAUGUUAAAGUUAUAGUUAGACUUAGGCUGCUUUCCAUUCCUCAGCCCUGACGGGUCAGAUCGUCCUUUCCGUGAAUGUCAUCUUUGGGAACAGAGCAGUUUCUGGCAGACUGACUAUAUUGUUUCUGUAAGCCGGUGCGUGUUCUCACUUGCGCACGCACCAUUGUGGAAUAGGCAGACGUUCUGAGUAAGUGAAGUGUAAAUUCUGGUUUGACACUAAAAAAAAUACCAGGCAGCGGGGUUUUGCAAGAACAACUUCUCUUAGUUGUGCCAGAGCUCGUGGAGUCUGAAAACAAAUAAGUCGUUUAAGCAUGAAUAGGGGCAAAACACUCAAGAAAGAAAGGAUCCAGUUUUCAAAAGAACAAAGGCGUAUGUUAACAUACAAUUUCGUCUUCACUGAAACCCGAUUUGUCGCUCCUGAAUUGAGCAGAAGUUGGUCUUCUAUAAGUUUAGAAGUUAGAACUAGUUAACGAUGACGCAGAAUUCUCCACCUCAUCGUAAGAAAAAAGAACGAAGACGUAAACUAUUAACCAAAAAGUAAUGUAUCUAUUAUAUAACUAUAUACAAUCCAUACCAAAAUUGCUUGUGUCGUAUAUGAAAGCUGAUGAUUGAUGGAAUGAUUAAUAUAAAUUAUUUAGCCCAGUCUGAAAUAUUUGGCGCUCGUAAAACCAUUAUAUUCAGUGUCACCAAAAGACAGUAUGUUUCUUUGUUCUACUCUUUAGUUCCUAUAACUAGUAAAAUUUUGAUUAUUCUGCAUUACUGUGAAAAACUGAACUGAAUUAACGAAAUUAAUCAAUGACGUUUUAGUAGAAAUCAAACGAAUUCAAACUGAAAUAAAAUGUUGAGUUCACUGAAAA